GCGGGCACUUCGCGGUGUGGCGCUGCGGGGCUGGUGCCUUCGGGUCCGCGACCCUUCACUUCCGAGCAGCACUCCCAUUAAUAUCUUGAUCAUUAGAUAUGCCGGUGCUCUCGGUAAAGCAGGUACCGGGAGUAUGUGUCAGACACUGUAAAAGGGUUGGAAGAAGAUAACCCGAAUCGAGCCCAGAGAAGAUUCCAUCAACAUCAGGUUUUACCUAAAAAAGUGCCUAAAACGGACGUAUGUAGCUUAACAGGUUUCACUGCAGCUAUGAGGAAGCAGAAGAUUAUUGUCGUAUGCAGGGAGGACACCUCGCUUACACUUGGAACCCAGAGGUCCAGCAUCUUCUCUGGGACUUCCUGGAAGAAGGACAUAAGUGGUGGAUUGGACAAAAUCUAAAGCUGCUGGGAAAACAUCAAGAAAAUAACAACCUAGCAGGUGUCAUGCCCCCCUGGGCCCCAGGCCCCAUCAGCUGCAUAUACGUGUCCAGAAACUCCAACUGGAUAUCAUCAAAUGUGGACUUCUGCUCACUGGGACAUUCUUUCAUUUGCCAGGCUGAUGCCUUUUCAGACCAACAUGAAAGACAUGGAAAUAAUCCUCAUUUACAUUGGAGACCCGAGGAGACAAGAGGAGAAAUGGCAGUACCAAGAAACAAAAAGAUCCCAGCUAUUCAUCCUGCACCCCCAUGUCACCACCCUGCUCAUGCUGAUCUUUCCAAGACCCUAUGCCAUUCCAUCAGCCCGUUUCCUUCAGCACUGCCCAGAGUCACAUGGCAGGUCCUGUCAGUCACCUGGGUGCCUACCAGCCGCCCUCUCUCUGUCACGCCAGCGCUCCCCAGUUCUGCACCCAAAGCACAGUCUGGGCAAGUUUUGGUAGAAGUGACCUCAAGCCCCAAAGAGAGCACCCACACAGAGGUCGUCACCACUCACCUACAAACAUCAUUUCAGGAUGCCUCUGAUCAGGUCAUAUAUGAGACAGCAAGGAACUUGAACAAAGCAAUUCAUGGUUUGCAAACUAACAGCAAACUACAGACAGCUUGUGAGAUGCUCCAGAAACUGACAGCCUUAAUCCCAGAAUUUUCUAAGUCAGCUCAGGUCAGUGUCAUCAGUCCUCUUGUGGACCUGAAUGAGCAGCUACCUGACAGUGCAUCUCAGAGCAACGGCAUUCGGGGCUUUGAAAACCCUGUGACUGUCUGCCUCAUUCACUCCCUUGACGAUGUAGUAGAAGCUGGUAAGGCCAGUCUGCAAAGAUCCAAACAUGACAUUAAGCAGCAGGUAGAAAAUACGCUGGAAAUGGCCUUGCUGGCUCUUGGGAAGAUCCAAGAAGCGUUCCUACAACAGAACCGGUUUUCUGAGUCUUUAGUGACUUUGACCUCUUCUGUUGCUACCCUGGUGCUGAGCAGCCAAAACAUGUCAACCUGGCCUCUGAGCUCCUACACUCUUGGGUCUCCAGCACUUGUGAGGUUAGGCUUUCUAUCAGCUUCAGCACUGGAAGAGGUGUUGAACAGACACCCGGGAGUUAAUGUCCAAGUAACAGGACUAGCUUUCAAUCCCUUCAAGGAUUUUGAUGACAAGAACAUUGUUGGAAACAUCGGAAGUGUGUUGCUAAGCUCUAAUCAGAAAUUGUUUCAAGUCCAUGAUUUAAUGGGAGAUAUUGAGAUCACGCUGUGGAGAAAUGUUAGCAUGGAAACCCAUCCCACCAGCCUCAACGUGACCUCAGAUCAUUUUAUUAUCAUAAUGAACAUCACUUCCCUGGAGAAAUCCCUGAUCGUGUGCGUAGAACCUGAAAGUCCCCUUUUAAUGACACUCUACCUGGGGUUCCAGUAUCAGCCUAACCACACCCGCUUUGAUCUGAACAUCACCCUUCCAAAGGAUCAGGUGUGGCAAAAAGAUGAGGAAUACACAUGGGUAUUGACUCCAGAGAGUCUGCAGUAUAGGAUUGGCACCUACCACAUAACAGCCACGUUGAAUAAAAGCAAGGAGAGUGCCCAGCAGACGCCCACCCUGUUCUCAGUGGUAACUGCCGUCACUCAGUGUUAUUUCUGGGACAGCCACAAUAGCACGUGGAAGAGCACUGGAUGCCACGUCGGGCCACGGAGCACGGUUUUGAGGACACAGUGUCUCUGUAACCGCCUGGCCUACUUUGGCAGUGACUUCUUCAUUGCACCCCGGACAGUCAACGUUGAAGACACGAUCAAGCUGUUCCUUCGCGUGACCACCAACCCUGUCGGGGUGUCUUUGCUCAUAAGCCUUUUAGGCUUCUAUAUGCUCACAUGUGUGUGGGCUUGGAGAAAGGAUCAAGCAGACAUGCAGAAGGUGAAGGUCACCGUCCUGGCUGAUAAUGACCCCAGCUCUCAGUUUCACUACCUUCUUCAGGUCUCCACUGGUUAUCGAAGAAAGGCCGCCACAACAGCGAAGGUGGUUAUCACCCUAUAUGGAUCAGAGAGACGGAGUGAGCCCCAUCACCUCUGUGACCCCCAGAAGGCAGUCUUUGAGCGAGGGGGACUGGACGUCUUCCUCCUCAGCACUAAGUCCUCCCUAGGGGAGUUGCACGGCGUGCGGCUCUGGCAUGACAAUUCGGGUACCAGUCCUUCUUGGUACGUAAACCAGGUAAUUGUCAGUGACAUGGCCAGUAAAAAGAAAUGGUGCUUCCUAUGCAACUGUUGGCUGGCCGUUGACCUCGGAGAGUGCCAGCGUGACCGGGUCUUCAUGCCAGUCUCAAAGAAAGAACUCUUUUCCUUUAGACACCUGUUCUCCUCCAUCAUUGUAGAAAAGCUCACCCAGGAUUAUCUGUGGCUCUCGGUUUUAACUCGACAUCCCUGGAACCAGUUCACAAGAGUCCAGAGGCUCACCUGUUACAUGACCUUGCUUCUGUGCAACAUGGUCAUCAAUGUUAUGUUCUGGAGGACAAGCAGCACCACUGCCAAGAGAGACGAGCAAGUGGGUCCAUUUGCUGUGACCUGGUCCCAGGUGAUCAUCAGCGUCCAAACUGCUGUCCUUCUCUUCCCUGUCAAUCUUGUAAUUGGGCGCCUCUUCCCACUGAUCCAGCCACAGGAACCCCGGCCUCUCUUUCCUCCCAGCCAAGCCUCCUGCCUCUCGGAUGCUACUUUUGAGCCUCUGUCUCUCACAGAGGUGGCUGAGGAAUUAAAGGAGACUGUGGGAUUCCUGCUCAGGAGAAAUACAUACCUACUCUCAGAGUGUGAACAAUCCUUAUGGACUUCUUAUAGCAUUAACAAGCUGGUUCGGCUUUUAUCCAGCCUCAUCUGUUCUCACUUAGAGCAUCACGGCUCUCACCAGCAGGCAGGACCCCAUCGGGCAAAUGUGGUUCCUGAUAGCCACCACCAUCUCUGCUGUUACCUGCUGGGAGUUGUGCAGCGGCUCCAUUCUCACUUAAGUGCCGUGGGUCCCACUCAGACCGACCAGCUUUGUGACGUCCUAGAUGCCACCAACCAACUGCAAAAACUCCAGAAGCUCUUGGAAACACGUGUUCUUCACCUCGAGCAGGGGCCCUCCAGGGAGGUCACCAGUUUCCCCCUCCUGAGCCCAGAAGAAGGGAAGGAGCCCAUCGCUUACAGCCUGCCCAGAGGAGUGACUUAUAUCUGCUGGCUCUGUCUGGGUGUCACUAGCCUGGUUGCAGCCUUUUUUACUGCACUUUACAGCCUGGAACUGACCAAAGACCAAGCAACCAGCUGGGUGAUGUCAGUGAUACUAUCAGUGCUUCAAAACAUUGUCAUCAGCCAGCCAAUAAAAGCGAUCUUCCUUGCUUUGUUCGAUUCCCUGAUGCUGAGCAGGAUGCCGUGGCUUACCAAAGAGAAGGAACAACAGACGAGGAGGAUCUUGGCACUCGUGGCAAAAUGCUCACCAUUACCUGGCUCAAGAGAUAAGAAUAACCCCAUCUAUGUAGCUCCAGCUGCCAACGGUCCAGUUAAGCGCCCAGAAAGAACCAUGAAAGAGAAGAAACUCUUCAAGCUGACAGGAGAUAUUUUGGUACAAGUCCUCUUCCUUAUCUUGUUGAUGACCACAGUCUACUCAGCACAGAACUCCAAUAGGUUUUACCUCCAUCAAGCUCUCCGGAAGAGCUUUUCCCGCCGUUUCUCAGAGAUCAGACUUCUGAAGCAUUUUUACCUGUGGGCCAAUCACACCCUCCUUCCUAGCCUUUAUGGGGAUUACAGAGGGUUUAUUGCUGAUGGGAACUCCUUUCUUUUGGGCAAUGUUCUGCUUCGUCAGAUUCGCAUUCCCAGUGCCGUACUACUUCCAACUGGAAUGUCUCCCCAUGAACAAGUGAAGCUAUCUCCCCAAGAUCAAGAGGAUACAGAGAACUAUGGAGUAAACUGGGGUCCCCCUGAUACAAACAUCACAAAAUCAGACAGCAUUUGGCAUUAUCAGAAUCAAGAGAUACUGGGUGGCUAUCCUAUCCAAGGGGAACAUGCCACUUACUCAGGAGGAGGGUAUGUUGUGAAACUUGGAAGAAGCUCCAGUACUGCAAUCAGUGUUCUGCAGCAUCUUGAACAGAGCCACUGGCUUGACCAUUGCACCAAAAGCCUCUUUGUGGAAUUUGUGGUCUUCAAUGCUAAUGUGAACCUGUUCUGCGUAGUGACCCUGAUUUUGGAGUCCAACAACAUGGGUACGUUCUUCACCUCGCUGAGGUUGGACACUUUAACUUCCUUUCAGGCAAAGAAGGACUUUGCCUGGUCUGUCAUCUCACAAGUCAUCUACUACCUACUAGUCUGUUACUGUGCCUUUAUACAGGGUCAUCGGCUGAAACAGCAGAGGUGGAGGUUCUUCACUAGGAAAAGAAACAUUCUGGACAUGAGCAUAAUCCUUAUUAGCUUUGUCCUCCUGGGUCUGGAGGUGAAGCUUACUUCUCUGUGUAAGAAAAACAUGGCACAGUACCACUAUGACCGUGACAGGUUCAUCAGCUUCCGUGAGGCAAUAAAAGUAAACUCAGCAGCCAUUCACCUUAUGGGCUUCCUGGUUCUGUUGGCAACUGUUCGGCUGUGGAACCUGAUGCACCAUAUCCCCAGGCUGCAGGUCAUCGGUACAACACUCAGCAAAGCCUGGGACGAGGUGGUGGGCUUCUUGCUGGUCAUCCUCAUCCUGCUGACGGGCUAUGCCAUUGCUUUUAACCUGCUGUUCGGAUGGAGCAUUUCUGACUACAGAACUUUCUUCAGCUCCGCAGUGACUGUUGUUGGUCUCCUAAUGGGAAUCUCUCAUCACGAGGAGGUUAUCGCUUUAGACCCAAUCCUGGGCUCCUUUCUGAUCAUCACCAGUGUCUUCUUGAUGGUACUUGUGAUCAUUAACCUUUUUGUUUCAGUCAUUCUCAUGGCCUUUGGUAAAGAAAGAAAGUCCCUUAAGACUCUGAAAGAAGGUGCAGUGAUAGAUAUGGUGCUACAGAAGCUCUCCAGUUUGCUGGGAAUCCAGCAGCACCAGAACACGUACAGUGGAAGCUGAAGCAGCAGGAACAUAAAGAACUUGAAGUUGAAAGAAUAAUGAUACCAUUAACAGAAACAAGGAACCUGGGAGAUUCUCUGCAGCCAGAAAGAUAUUUUCUUUUUGGGCAAGGGAAAUGCUGAGUUCUACUUUCAUUAUACAUCAUCUACAUUCUGGGAGAGAAGAGGGCAUGUGGGUAAUAUGCCACAAACAUGAACACUAUUUCUGAGGCAGGAACAGCAAUGAGAAAACCGCAAAGGAUUCAGCAAUGAGGGUUUCUGACUCAU